CAGAAGAGCCUCGGGAAGAGCUGCAGCCUUCAUGGACGGCGAGCGGGGUGCAGGCUAGCAGCGUCGGGGUCCGCGGCCACGCGCUCUCCAAAGGACCCGGGAGGCUGAGCGCGGCCGGAAGAAGCGGCGCUGCGGCUCCGGCGAACGUCCCGGCUUGCAAGGUAGGGAUUAGGCAGAUGGCCAGGCAAAGUUGAUCAGUGCGGGGAGGUGGCUGGCCUGCGCCCUCUCGCCGCUGGGAACCGCCGAGCGACUUGGACUUGACCCCGCCGCGCCCUGGGAGCGCAGUGCAGCGCCGAUUUGGUGCCCCGCGCGGGAGCGCACUUGCAAACUUGGUGGAGGUGCCCUGCGCGUCCUGUUGUGUAACCUCCGCGCCGCCAGCUGGACCGGGAAGUUGCCUGCCCGUCCUUCGGCUUGGUGUAGUCGCAACCCCGGGGUGAAUUUCAUGGCCCGCGACGAACGCGCGGCCAGAGCCGGCGUGGGCGAGCCCCCGCGCGCCCCGACUCGUGGGGAACUCCCGCGCACGGUCCCUUCCCCUCGCCCGCGCCUCCGAUGCGCGCUGAGCCUCUCGCCGCUGCCGCCCGCUCGCCGCGGUCUGCCCCUCCGAGUUGCUGCCUGAGUUGGAGAACAGAGGAUGACCGAGGUCCCUUGGCCGGCUGUCCCCAACGGGACGGACACAGCCUUCCUGGCUGGCCUGGGCUCGCCUUGGGGAAACAGUACUGUAGCCUCCACAGCAGCAGUCGCCUCUUCAUUCAGAUGUGCCCUGACCAAGACCGGCUUCCAGUUCUACUAUCUGCCGGCGGUCUACAUCUUAGUGUUCAUCAUAGGCUUCCUUGGCAACAGCGUGGCUAUCUGGAUGUUCGUUUUCCACAUGAAGCCUUGGAGCGGCAUCUCUGUGUACAUGUUCAACUUAGCUCUGGCUGACUUUUUGUACGUGCUCACCCUGCCAGCCCUCAUCUUCUACUACUUCAACAAGACUGACUGGAUCUUCGGGGAUGCUAUGUGCAAGCUGCAGAGAUUCAUCUUCCAUGUAAACCUCUACGGCAGCAUCUUGUUCCUCACCUGCAUCAGUGCACACAGGUACAGCGGCGUGGUGUACCCGCUCAAGUCCCUGGGCAGGCUCAAGAAGAAGAAUGCCAUUUAUGUCAGCGUGCUGGUGUGGCUCAUUGUGGUGGUGGCCAUCUCCCCCAUUCUCUUCUACUCUGGCACUGGGAUUCGGAAAAAUAAAACCGUCACCUGCUAUGACACCACCUCCGAUGAAUACCUGCGAAGUUAUUUCAUCUACAGUAUGUGCACAACAGUGGCCAUGUUCUGCAUCCCCUUGGUGCUGAUCUUGGGCUGCUACGGAUUAAUUGUUAGAGCUUUGAUUUACAAAGACCUGGACAACUCUCCUCUCAGAAGGAAGUCCAUUUACCUGGUAAUAAUUGUCCUGACGGUGUUUGCUGUGUCUUACAUCCCUUUCCAUGUGAUGAAAACGAUGAAUUUGCGGGCGCGGCUGGAUUUCCAGACCCCAGAAAUGUGUGCUUUCAAUGACAGGGUUUAUGCCACUUACCAGGUGACGAGAGGUCUAGCAAGCCUCAACAGCUGUGUGGACCCCAUUCUUUAUUUCUUGGCGGGAGAUACAUUCAGAAGGAGACUGUCCCGAGCCACCAGGAAAGCUUCCAGGAGGAGUGAGGCCAAUUUACAAUCCAAGAGUGAGGAAAUGACUCUCAAUAUUUUAUCUGAGUUCAAGCAGAAUGGAGACACAAGCUUGUGAAGGCCCAAGACCCAAACACCUCACUUUUGUAACAUGGUCAAAAGAAGUCCCUGAGACGACCUGUGCAUGUACAGGUCAGGAUGAAGGAACACUUUAUUGGCCAAAAGACCAAUUUGUGCCGUCAGAUAUGAGUAAGCAUGUCCAUAAUAAAGACAGAUCUGUUGGCAUUUGGGUGAAGGACACCUAAAAUUGUAAGAUUCAGCAAGUCAUUGAAUUUCACGCUACAAAACUGUUUUCAUUUCAAGUGCAAGGGUUUAUGUUUGUUCUUGGUUUUGUUGUUAAUACAAAUUGCUCUUGGACUCUUUGAAGGUUGCUUUGAACUUAUAUUGAACUAAAGGGAUAAAUUAAGAAGAAACUUAUGCACACAAGAGAGAAUUCAAAAUUAAACCACGAUGGUGGCAACUGAGAAGUUGUUGGAGUCCUGACACUUGAAGCCCAUUCUUCAUGAACAGAAAAGGUGACAGGACACCCAUUUGUUGACACCAUGGGUACUGUGGGAAUCGUGAAAAGCAGACAAUGAGAACUGUUUGAAACCUUUUUCUGUGCUUCCUAGGACUCUUCCAUCUAGCCCUUGGAUAAAAUUCUCAGUGAUCACCAACUAUGGUAUGGACAGGUUGGAAACCUGAAAAUCUCUGCUUACUCAGCCAGGAUACUAAACCAGCUUUUGAUAGGACAGAUACCAGUACUU